AUGCCAGACAAGAAGCAUAACACCACGGAAACCACCGUGGUGGUUGUCCCAGAUGGCAACACACGACAGCCUCGGCAUCCACAAGAGUCCGCAGCAAUCGACAAGGACGACGUCAACUUCGACUACCCCGAAGGGGGCUUGGAGGCAUGGCAGCAGGUCGCAGCGGGUUUCCUCGCUCAGGCCAUGUCUUGGGGCUUCCCGACGACAUUUGGCAUCUACCAGCUAUACUACACGACCACGAUGAACCUGCCCAACGCCCAAGUCUCGUGGAUCGGCUCGAUCCAGACAUUCUGCACGUACGCCUUGUGUGUAGUCGCUGGUCGGCUCUCAGAUGCCGGGUACCAUAAGACAACGCUGCUGGUGGGUUCCGUGCUGGCGGUGCUGGGAGCUUUCAUGACGUCUCUGGCGACCGAGUUCUGGCAGAUCCUACUUGCCCAGGGAAUCUGCCAGGGAAUUGGUCUCGGCCUCAUCUUCAUGCCCACCAUCGCCGUCAUGAGCUCGUACUUUUGCCAGAGGCGAGCACUAGCCAUAUCGAUUGCCGCCAGUGGUGCCGCCGUAGGCAGUAUUAUCUUCCCAGCCAUUGUGCAAUACCUCGUCCCACAGAUUGGCUUCCCCUGGGCAAGUCGGUGUGCGACGUUUGUGAUGCUCCUGCUUGUGGUGGUCAUGAAUGCCAUCUUCAGGCCUCGAGCAGUAUCUCCUGUCGCUGAGACAGUGCCAAUGCCCUGGAUCGACUGGUCGGCUUUCACAGAGGUACCAUUUCUUCUCAUGCUAGUCGCGGCCUUUGCUUUACACAUGGGUUUGUUCUAUGUUGCGUCUUAUGUGAACGCUUAUGCGGUCUCAAUUCUUGGCUUCGACGCCCAACAGGCCGUUGUCCUGCUUCUGGUCAUGAAUGCAGCCAGUGGUCCGUCUCGACUUGUCUUCGGAUUCGUCGCUGACCGCUGGUGCGGACCUUUCAAUGGCCUCAUCUUCUCAGUCGUGAUGAUGAGCGUCAUGAUUUACGCAUGGAUCGGGGUCGUAACGUCCGCGCAGAUCUAUGCCUACGUCGUAUUUUUUGGGACUGUGCUUGGCCUCGUUAUGGCGGGGUUCGCCUCCGCGCUGGCAGCACUCUCGACAGACCCGGCCAAAGUCGGUGUCAGAUUCGGCAUGACGCUCUCCUUGCUGUCCUUCGCCACUCUCGCCGGCCCGCCGAUUGCCGGAGCACUAAUAGAUCGGGCAGCAGGCAGUUACCUUGGAGCUCAGAUCUACGGCGGAACGGUUCUGAUACUGGCUGCAGCCAUCAUGGUCUGCUGUCGUGUGUCUAUCACGGGCUUCAGACUUUGUGCCAAAAUCUGA